AUGGAAGAAAGGUACUCCGUACUCGUACGCCCGUUGGCAGACGCGCCCGAGUGCCUAUCAUCGGGAUCCAGUCCUGCCGUGCUUAUGCCUGCAUCUGCGGCUGUCCGAACGACAUUGAAGAUGAUACCAUUCGAUGGCGCCUCUCUUCCGCCUGCCUAUGUCGAGCCCGACUACAUUGGCCCCGAGCCAGCUGGCGGCCCCGUGGGCGAUGAGCCGUCCAAGAUCUACCAUGGCAGCUGCCACUGCGGUGCGGUGCGCAUGUCUCUGCGCUCCAAGCCGCUGGAGACUCUCGAUCCGACAGGCAAGAUAGGCCACAUUGGCGGUUAUAUCUGGAUCUAUCCCACGAAAGACCAAUCUGCCGUCCAGGGCGAAGACAAUUUGACGCACUACAGCUUUGCCAAUCACGUCGACCGCAAGAGCUUCUGCCGCACUUGCGGUGUCCAUCUCUUCAAUAUUGGCGUUGAGUACACUCUCGAAGAGGAGGCUGCGCUUCCUGUGGUAGCCCGCUCCGAGACUGCCCGCACGGGUCGUGAAGAAUGCCGCGACGAGCGAAACAUCAACACCCGCGUGCUUCACGGCGUUGACGUGAACAAGCUUCCGGUCCAUUACUUGGACGGAAACGGAGACAUGGAACCACAAUACGUGAACCCGUAG